AUGCAAGGAAUUUCGCCUGGCAUAUCGCCGCCAGAGGUUUCAGAAUUUGUGUGGGGGGAGCAGGACCGCGGGAGCUUCGCUGCGGGGAGGGGCGCACCAGGAGGCACAUCCGGGGGAGCAGGGUGGUGGCGGGGUGGGGAGGCAGCGGUUUCACAGCAGAGGGGACGUGCGCAGGGGGCAGCAGCGGAACGUGCGCGGAACGCGGAUGGCAGAAGCGCGGAGGGCGCGGAAGUGGAGGGUGGCUGGGAGGGGAAACCUCCCGCGCAUGGUGUGCGGAGUCGACUCUCCCCUUUGCGGCGCGCGGUACGGCGCGAAACCUCCCCGUUAGCAGGCAGACACGCACUGCUGAGCGGAGACUCCGCGCUUGCGCGCAGUGCGCUUCUGAGUGGCGCUUCUGCGCCCGCGCGAGGCACCACGGAUAGCGCGGCCUCCCCGCCUGCGCCCACCAGCGCGCUCCUGACUGGCGCCUCCCCGCCUGAAGCACACAGCGCUCUGCUGAGCGGAGUCUCCCCGCCCGCAGGCAGCGCGCUGCUGACUGGGGCCUCCCCGCCCACAGGAAACGUGGCGGGAAGGCGCGCGACUCCGCCUUCCCACGCGGAUUUUCCGCCUGGAGUCUCCCCGCCCGCGACCAGCGCGCUCCUGACUGGCGCCUCCCCGCCCGCUGCACACAGCGCGCUACUAAGCGGAGUCUCCCUGCGUGCGCACAGCGCGCUGCUGAGCGAGCUCUCUCCUUCUGCGCCCGCUCGUGUCUCCCCGCUCGCUUCACACAGUGCUGCGCUGCAGACUGGAAUCUCUCCGCCCGCGACCAGCACGCUUGAACACGACGCCUCUCCCCCUGUGGUUCCUAUUGGUCCCAGGGGUAACAUAAUUCCCGCGGGUAGCAGAGUCCCCACGGCUAACAUGGCUGGCACGGAUGAUAAAGCUGGCGUGGGUGGCGGCGGUGGCGUUAGCAUGGUGACCAUUGCACCUGCUGUCAUGCCCGCUCCCUCCCGUUACUCCCCUUCCCGCCCGCCCCCCCAUCCACGUGUCCCCCAGCUAUUGCAGGAUCUGCUGCUGUUCCCGGGGUCCUCGGCCGGCCAGGCUGUAGCGGCGGCUGUAUUUGCGGCUCUGGACAGGUGCUGUGGGGGCAGGGCGAGCGGGGGGAGGGCGAGUGGCGGGCGAACAGGUGGGGGGAGGACCAGUGGGGGAUGGGCUGGUGGGGGGAGAACUGGUGGGGUUUGGGCGGGUGAGGGGAGGGCUGGUGAGGGGAGGGCUGGUGAGGGGAGUGAGGGUGGGGGGAGGGCAGGUGAUGGGGGAAUGGUUGGGGGAGGAACGGAACGGGGGAGGGUGGGCGCGGGGGGCUUGGGUGGUGGGGAAUUGGGUGAGGGGGGGGAUGGUGGAAGCGGAAUGGGGGUUAGAAGAGUGGGUUGGGGGGGGGCGGGUGGGGAGGGAACGGCAAGAGGGGAGGCUGAGAGGGAGAGAGCAGGGGUAAGACGGCAUGGGGGGGAAGGGCUGGGGGAAGGGGAAGGUGGAGAGGAGGAAGGAAGGGGAAAGAGGAGGCGUGUUUUGGAGGGAGGGAGUGAGAGAGCGGGUGGAAGGCCAAUAGAGUUGAGAGUGAGUGAGGGUGGUGGUGGUGGAGGGGGAGAGGCGGGAGGUUGGAGAGGGAGAGGGGGGGAAGUGAGUGGGUGGGGGGGGAGGAGUGUGGGGGGGAGGGGGGGGAAUGGCACCAGGAGGGAGCUGUUCCUGGGACAGGGGGGACUGGAGAGGAGGGAGGUGAGGAAGGAGAGGGAAGUUCCGGAGACGAAGUGGGAGGAAGCGGAGAGGGAGGAGAAGGAGGAGGAGGGGAAGGAGGAGGGGAACGAGAAGGAGAACGAGUAA